AUGACAUCAUGACGUUCAACGUAAAUAAGCCAUUUCCUUUCAAAACAGGAAAAGGAGGACUGUACAGCGGUGGAGCUGUGGCUUAAUUACUGUGGAAAUAGCUGGCAUAAAACACAAAAUAUUUCACAUUACUGAAAAUAAGUUCAAGUCCUUCUCCCCAGGGCCCCAGCCUGAGUCCUGCGCCCGUGGAUGGAAGUGGAGACAAGUAGGGAUAUGGGUCCUGAAAGAAUCUUACCAAACUCCGAGGAAGAACUGGGGCAAGAGCGGUUGUCGGAUGGAGGGGCUGUCGAAGUCGGCGGGGAGUGGAGCGGCGAGGAUCCUGAGGAAGACGAGGGAGGGACGGGGGAAGAUGGGGACACCGGAGGCGGAGGUUACUAUUACCAACCACUGAACCAGGAUCCUGAUGGGACGUCAAACUUCGUUCAGAUAGACCACUCUGAAGAAGCGGGCUCGCACGCAGAACAACUUCAGGACGUCCAGGAGAGGAUAGAGGCGAUGGGCCUGUUCCUGCCUCAGCCUCCUCCUCCAGACAGCGACGAGGAGGACGACCCAGAGGGAGCUGCAGCCCACCAAAGUCAGGGCUCAAUACCCAUGGAUGAGGAUCACGUGGAGCUGGUGAAGAGGACCAUGGCUGCGGUGAACCUGCCCUCCCUCGGCAUUCCCGCCUGGGCCCAGGAGAUCUCGGACGACCAAUGGAAGGACAUGGUCCAGCAGACCCUCCAAUCGCGACAGAGCUCGGCGGGGCUACGCCUCCAGCGCAAGUGAGCCGGUCUGUGUGAAGGACUUUGGGGAGGAACUCAAAACCCACCUGCAUCAGGAAACCCCCGACCAUGUCCGCUCCUCGUGAAUUUCCAACGCUACAGUAUAUACUUGUACUCGUGUGUGCGAGAACUACAUGUACACACAUUCCGGCUGUUCCAUUACCAGUUCGCCUUUUAUGUGUUAAUUAUCCUAAGCUGGUCAAUCGAAAUGGGUUUGUAUCCGAAGUUUUAAUUUGAUUUUGUGUCUCUCGUGUGUCAGUGGUGUUUAUUUUACAUCACAAAGUGCAAUAAAAUGCCGUUGCUCACUU